AUGCAAAUUCAUUACAUAUCUCGUCUAACUUCAGCUCAACAUUUUAAUUCAGUGAAGCGAGCUCUAUCAAGACGAACAUUACCUGUUCUUCGUCAACUAAUACAAGCUGAUUCUCUACAAACGACAGCGUCUCUUCGAUUAUCAUGUUUACUUCGCUAUACAUCAACCAACUCAUCGAAUGAUGAACAAACUCGAAAUGAAGAGAAAAAGAAAAAAAUGACAAAUUUAAUGUAUAUUGUCGGUGGUUUGACCGGUGUUAUUGCGAUUUAUUCAAUUUUUCAAAAUCGAAACAACUCAAAAGAAAAGCAACAAUCUAUUGCAGAAUAUGACUCCCGACAUAUAAAAUCUAAGGAUCCUGAUGAAUCAAAUAGAACAUCUGUCGAAAAAGAUACUAUUGAACAAGAAAAUUCAAAUUUAGUCGAAACAAUCAAUAAAAAUGAUUUAACAUCAAAUAUUCCUAAUUUUGCUCAAUAUUUAAUUAUUGGUGGCGGUGCAACAGCAAUGAGUGCAUUCAAAUCUAUUCGUGCACAUGAUCCAACAGCAAAAGUUCUUGUUAUAAGCUCUGAAAAAUAUUUACCAUAUAUGCGUCCUCCAUUGUCAAAAGAUAUUUGGUAUACGGAUGAUGAUGAUCUUAUACGAAAACAUUCAUUUAAACAAUGGCAUGGCAAAGAGAAAAGUUUAUAUUUUUUUGAUGAUGAAUUUUACACAGAUGUUAAAACACUUAAUGAUCAAGAAAAUGGUGGUGUUGCAGUUGUUCUUGGAAGAAAAGUUGUUGAUCUUGAUUUAAAAACGUCUACAGCUAAAUUAGACAAUGAUUGGGAAAUAUCAUUUGAAAAAUGUUUGAUUGCUACAGGUGGUCAACCAAAAACUUUAAAAAUAUUUCAAGACAUGUCUAAUCAUCUGAAACUCAUGCUAAAUAAUCAAACAUUAAAUUCAACUGAUUUUCCGAGUGAACAUUCAUCGAAAUUUUCAUCCCAAAAAAUAUAUUUAUUGGAUACUAAAUAUAUCUUUCCAAAUUCAUUAACAAAUAUGGCCAUGCAUAAUAAUAUUGCUGAAAAACUUGAUUUGUCUUUAAACAAUAAUAAUAGGAAUCAUUAUUCUGAUAGUAGUCAUACAUUAUCACCUUUACCUCAACAAAAUCCAAAAUUUUAUUUUGUAUUAAAUGCAUCACCAUGA